AUUUUUAGUUAGGUGUUGGUUUUGGUUAAGUUGGUAGUAAUUUAAGUGGGUAGACUCCGCGGGGCCCAGAAAAAGGUAAAGGCCGAGCUGGCCGCCCAGAUGUCCAACUUGGAGGUGGAGAUUACGGCUUGCUGGGUGGAGCUCCAGGUUAGGUGGCUGGAAGAAGCCGUCAGUGCGCUGCCGACAGUGCAAGAUGUCGUCCGUGACAUUGGGGUGUGCAUGGAUGAGAGCACUGUAGGAGGCAACGAUGAGACUGGCCGCGUCGGUGAUGUAGUUUCGUUGGUGCUGCCGACAGUACAAAGAGUCGUCCGUGACAUUGGGGUGUUCACCGACGAUAGUACUCAAGGAGACAACGAUGAGAUUGGCUGCGUCGAUGACGCGGUCCCGUUGGCGCUGCCAACAGUUCGCGAAGUUGUCGGUCACAUUGGUGUGUGUACCGACAUAAGCACUGAAGGAGGCAACGGUGAGACUGUCGGCGUCGGCGGCAGAGAAGACAAGUUCACCGAAGGCGUCGAUGACGCGGUUCCGUUGGCGCUACCAACAGUUCGCGAAGUUGUCGGUCACAUUGGUGUGUGUACCGACAUAAGCACUGAAGGAGGCAACGGUGAGACUGUCGGCGUCGGCGGCAGAGAAGACAAGUUCACCGAAGGCGUCGAUGACGCGGUUCCGUUGGCGCUACCAACAGUUCGCGAAGUUGUCGGUCACAUUGGUGUGUGUACCGACAUAAGCACUGAAGGAGACCAUGGAGAUCCUGUGUGCGAUGGUGAAUUUCGCGUGCAGCGCGUUGCGGUUCAGUCUGCGGAGGCGGCUAAAAACAUGGCGACCGACAGGGCCGACCAGGUGGGGGCCAAAAUAGCCCAACGAAAAGCUGCUGAAACUACUCCGGCCACCGGAAGGUCAGUCCCUGUCAGACGGGCGACAGAAGUUGCCGCGUGGGACCGCCGUGAGGGCGGCGCAUGCGGAUGCCGAGUUACCCCAGAUGACAGCUGGGAAAGUGGUGUUCGAAGACUUGUUAGGCGUGGUUCCAAAGGGUGGCGACCCUCUAGUUCUCGCCGCUGGGAGCGGUCCCAGCGGUGGAAAUUAGGUUGGCGACCACCAGAGCGUCUAACUUCCAAAAUCUGUACCGCCUAAAAUUGUAAAUGGCGAGGUUAAUUGUUAGUAAAACUAGGAAAACAAUGCAAAAUACAAAAGACCCCCAAUUAAAAAAAAAAAUUACAGUAAAGUUGCAGUGACAUUCUAUUCGCGGUGUUGAUAACGUAUUACGGUGUACGCGGAGUAUCUCUAGUAGUAACACUAAAAGCAGCAGCAGAAGUAGUAGUGGUAGUAGUAGUAGUAGUAGUAGUAGUAGUAGUAGUAGUAGUAGUGGUAGUAGUAGUAGUAGUAGUAGUAGCAGAAGUAGUAGUAGUAGUAGUAGUAGUAGUAGUAGUAAAAGCUGUUGUUAUGAAUAUUACAUAGAGUACGCGGUGUAUAUAAGUAAUAGUUCUCUUAAACAUUUUGAUUAAUUUGAUUAGAUUGUUUUGAAUAUAUAUGUCCUAUUGUCUCAGUUUAAGCCCAGUCUUUUAUUGCAAUAUUGUUGGAACUAUAAAAUUGAAAUUAAUCUGAGCAGUGCUCUGCGAAAUGGGGGUUUAAUGAAUAGGCAUAAAGUGUCGUCCCAAAUUGUAUUUCCUGGUAUCCUGCUUUUCCCUAGCACUUCUCUUUCAGAAAACAGAUAUAAAUGCAAAACUAUUUUAAAAAAUGCUGAAAAUCCAAUCAAUUGAACUAAGGUAAUAGCAGCAUAUCCGGUCUUUAACAUAUACAUCUUAAAGAACUACCAAUAAAAAUGUUUACUGUACAAAAAAAAUGCACAGACACAAACUACAUGUAUUUCAAUAUAAACGAUUUUUGUCAUUUUGGAGUCAUAAGGUAGCUAGGGAAAAGCAACUUGUUUUGUCUCUGCUAUUCACAAACAAUUUCCAUGGACCUCGUGAUUGCACAAGUAAAUGGUUUACAAUCGAUGUGAUGCAAUUUACUGUUUGUGAAACGUUACAUGGUUUGUGAAAUGUUGUGUGAAUAGCAGACAGAACAAAAUUAAAAAUAAAAACAUCUGUAAAGAAGAAAUUUGUAUUUGUGCCAUCUGCUAAAAAAAAUAGAUAUCAGCAUACAAUCAAACUACACGGAAACAAUUAAGAUAAUGUGGAUUUUGCUAGAGGUUUUCUGAUUCAUUCUUUAUCCAUUUAUUGUAAUAGUAUUAAAAGCUGUCCCAGCCGGUGUGUUGGUUAAUCUUUGGUGUUUUGUUGAGCGCAGUGUGUCAGUUUAGUUACCUCCCUUAAUAGAGUUCAACAUCUAUAACGUUUAGCAGAUAAAUGCAUCAGACGAUUCAAUAGUGUAAAUAAUACAAUAAUAAUAAUAAUAAAUGAAUAGUACGAGUAAAUAGAUAAAUAAUAAUAAUAUGAAUAUAACUACCUAAGGAUAAAAAUUCCUAACCCAAGAUUGUGGGCAGAGGAUAUGCAAUUGUUAGAUUUCCUUCCUAACCUAAGAUUGUAAGAAAAUGGCUGUCACUUAAUGCUAACAGCAAUAUAGUAAGAGAUUGCCGCAGAGAUUAAUACCCUGGAGGAGAGUAUCUCGGAACUGCAAUCGCAGUUGCACUUGAUUUUUGUGAUUCUUUUUACUACUCCGAGGAUGUUUUCAUGCAAACUUUAUCUGACCUCCGGUGUUACCCCAUUUUUGUUUAAAAUAGAAAUUCUUAAUAUGAACAGUGUUCUGUGAAAAGAGGGUUUAAUACAUGGGAGUAACGCGUUGUCCCAGAUUUGUUGUGCAAUCCGUACUUUGUUUUUUAUAAUGUUGUAUAUAGAGUGCUUUGCUCACUCAGGGAUGGGUUCUUUUAUUUUCCAUGAAUCUAUGGGAAAGUGCUUUCUUCCAUUUCUUAUUUUUUAUCUAACUGUCGGACGACCACUGUCACACUCCAUACUGUUUGUGACCGAAAGUGGUAUUGCAGGUCUUUUGAAUUGUUUAUGUGACCAUGCUUGACGGCAACUGUCAUGGUGCAUCAAUUUCAUUUUUUGUUAAUGGCCGGAGGUGUUUCCAGGUGCAUGUACACUUUAUUUUGUUUUUAUUUUUGUAAAGUACAUUAUUUCUCAGUGUGAUCUCCACAUUCUAAUACCUAAGUGACUGUACUUGUUAGACGAAAGCCAACAAUAAUGUUUUUUCUUGAUUAAGCAAUUGUCGGACGAUAGCCGACAAUAAUGUUUUUUUAAUUAACUAAUGUGAUGGAAAUUUUCUUAUGCAAGAAACAUAUUGGUCACUAACCGCUAGAAUGCAGCGGUCUGAAUGUAGUGGGUACAAUAGUUUUAUUUUAGUUGUCUUUUCCUCCAUAUAAUGUCAAUGAUUAUGUUGCAAAAUGUACGUUCUCUAUAUAAAAUUAAAAGCAAUUAUAUGUAUUAUUUGGACAAAAAUAAGAUUAUUUUUAUUCUUAUAUUUUUAACCUUUUUGUCACUUAGAUAUUAUUUUAACGCAUUUGUAGUACCUUAGAAAGUUACAUUUCUUGUGAUUUUUAUUUUAAUAUAACCAAGAGGAUUUUUAUUACCUUAGAAAGUUAAAUUUCUUGUGAUUUUUAUUUUAAUAUAACCAAGAGGAUUUUUAUUGUAUAUUAUGCAGUCACAUGCAGAGGGCGUAGGCCUUCUCAUUUGGGCUGCGAGUUGAUGUAUUUGUAUGAUAUUUUAUGAUUUUAUUUGAUAAGUUAUUUUAUUUGUUAAAAUUUGUGAAAAUGGAUUGUAAGGUGGGUGCACCUGUCCAUUCAUUGUGUAGACAAGAAAAGGACAGGAGUAACCUGACCUUGUUUUUUAGAAUAUUGAAUCAAAAAGUUUUGAUAAGGCACCUGAAUUGAUUUUUAUAUUAAUACACUCGAGUUUAGAGGCAUAUUGAGACACUUGAGUCAAUGGUGUGUUAUUUUUGUUGGUACGGACCGGUUUGUUUAAAUUAUAAAUAUAUACAGGAUGACCUGUCGCUGGAUUUUAAACAUUUGUUUUUGUGUAGCGUUUUAAUAAUUAUAUUACAGGCCAAUGGAUACUGACGUUUAAUGGAGAUGCUUUAACUUUAGUUGUGGUCGGACGAAAGCUGGCCGGCAUGCAGACCUGACUUUGAGGUGUUAGGUCAAGGUGCUUACGCGAGGGGCACUAUUACUUCAUCGGUAGCUCCGGUACGAUUCCUUCGCUGUGUGGCGUCGUCCCAAAAGGAGAAAAGUGGGAGGAGUGUUGUGCCGGUGCCCGGCCUACAAAACGCGCACAUACCUCGUGAUUGGGAACCAGCGAAAAAUCGAUAUAGUGCAUGCUGGGUAGCACGAGUUUGUACAGUCUCUUGUGCACGGGACGUUGAGGUGAGUAGAUGUGUUUAUGUGCCUAUGUCCCUAUGUGAGUAUUGUGUGUGAAAUAGUGAGCCUGCGUAUAGUUUAUAUUGUAUUAUAUGGUAUUGUAUUGUAUAUGUGUGUCGGUAACUGUGAGCCUGUAAUUGUGAACCUGUGCGUGUAACCCUGAGUACGUAAGUAGUUCCAGGGGGUUUAGCCUGUGUAUGUAAGCCAGUGUCUAGCUGUGAGCCUGUGUGUAUUGUAUUAUAUUGUAUUUUAUGUGCGUUCAACACGUAUUUACCUGGAAGGCCAUUCCCAGAAGAUAUAAGUGAGUCUGUGACUGUGUAUGUAAGCCGGUGACUGUGUGUUUAAGUACGUGUUUGCCUGGAAGUGUAUUCCCAGAAGUACAUGUAUAGUGCCAUUUCGUGACGUGGACGAGCCGACAAGUGUACCCGACGAGCCGACGAGUGCACCCGACGAGCCGACGAGUGUACCCGACGAGCCGACGCGUGAAGCCGACAAGUUCCCUCGAAGACGACGAGGACGAUUGGUGCCGUCCAGACGUGGAUUCCAGUCGAUGCCCAU